UGUGAGGGGCUUGUCAAGUUCCAAUCCCGUAAGACACCCCAGAACACUUAUCAUAAGAAAAAAAAAAUAAUAAUAAUAAUAAAAAAAAAAAAUUUAACAAACGUGCUUUUUCUUUUCAAAAAAACAGCAUCAUUUCUCAGUUGGCACCUGUCUGUGUUCAAAAGAACAGGUUACAAAAACGUACCCUACGAAGGUCUAGAGGCCGGAAAGCAUCGUGGCGGUGCAAUGUCGUGCGGCGACGACCUCCCCGUAGAGCUACUGGUUGCCAUACUCUAUCUACUCCCCGCAAAGUCUCUCUGUCGAUUCAAAUGCGUAUCCAAGGCAUGGUAUUCUCUAAUCUCACACCCUGAGUUCGCCAAAAGACACCUCAAUCAAAACAGCAACAACACACCCGAGAAUCUCAUUCUCGUUUCUGACCAUCUUUACUCGGUCGACUGCACUGAAGCCUCCAUUAACGAUUCUGUACAGGCAACGGAGCUUGAUUUAGGUUUCCGACCCAUUGUAGACCAUUACAUGUUCCAAAUCUUGGGUUCUUGCAACGGUUUGGUUUUAGUUAGCACCGAAUACACCAUCAAGUUUUUGUUGAAUCCAUUAACUAGAGAGGUAGAGAAGAUACCCAACUCCCCCUUUUUUUUCGACUCAAUGGAAAUUUACCAUAUGUACGGACUUGGGUACGAUUCAUCUGCAAAUGAUUAUAAGGUUGUGGCAAUUGAUUUUAGAGAAGAUAUUGGUAAUGAUGAUGAUGAUGAGGAUGGUGAUGAUGAUGGUGAGGACGACGACGACGACGAGGAGUCCUGGUGUAAUCGUAUAAUUUUUAGUGUGUAUUCACUGAAAACUGAUUCUUGGAGGAGGAUUCAAGAUGUCCCCCACUAUCAUUCUCGUGAUGCGCCGCCGCCUACAUUGGUUCUUGUAAAUGGGUGUUUACAUUGGUUCAGUUUCAGGUCUUCCAGUUAUGUGAUUGCUGCUUUUGAUUUAGCAGAUGAGAAAUUCCGGGAUGUGCAGAUACCUAGCUCACUUGACAACAAUCAUUCUAAUUAUGAUUUGAUGUACUGCAAAUUGGGGGUUUUGAGAGGGUGUCUCUGUAUACUUGUAUCUCAUACGGAUAUUUGGGUGAUGAAGGAGUAUGGGGUGACCGAGUCUUGGACCAAAAUUUCCAGUGUCUGUGGACAUAAUACGUUUAUGAUUGAACCCUUAUGUUUAUUAGCGGAUGGGGAGGUUUUGUUUGAAAUAUAUGAAGAAAAAUUGGUUGCAUUCAAUGCUAAAGAAAAAGCACUAAGAGAUGUAGUGGUGUGUGGCAUUCCAGAUAUGUUUAAAGCAGGGAUGACCUUUGUGGAGAGCCUUGUCUCACCCUAUCGCUGUGAUGGGAUUGAAUACUUGAAGAGUUAUCAACUAGAUAGUGACACUCAAGACGGUGAAAGUCAUCUAGGCAAUUCUCAUUUUGAGGAACAUUACCAAAGAUAUGAAAGGGAGAUUGAGCAAAUGGAGCAAAUGAGUGAAAAAAUGGGGCUUGAAAUGGAGCAAAUCAGGGAACAAAUUAGGGAACAAAUGCAACAGAUCCAAUCGUCGUGGGCACAGAAUGCUAACAACCAAUCCUGUCCCAAUGGUUCACCAAGUGUCCCAUCUACUGAAAAUUUUGAAGGGGUAAAUUGUGAAUUAUUGUAUUAUGACGGGACGGGAUUAGUUGUUGCUACCGGUGAAGUUGUUUCCUUGGAUCCUACUUUACUUGUAAAUGGUGCUGCUCUCAGCUCCGAAUGUUGGAAAGUGUUGGUCAAUUACAUAUUUGAACCCGAAGUGCCAUUGUAUAGGCCUCAUCCUUCUUACUUUUUGCUUGGACAUGCUAAUGGAGAUUCAAUUGCCUGGCCUAGCAAGUAUAUCAAAAUCAGUUCCAGCUCGUACUCGCAUAAUAUGAUUGCAUUUCAUAUUGUGUUGAACACAUGUCAAGAAGUAUCUGAAUGUGCCGGUGCCCAAGCAGCAACUGGUACAGACAUGUUUAUUCUAAGUAUCUGUUAUACUAUCGGGUGACUGGUUGACCCAGAAGUUCGUCACAACUUCAUCGAUAACUCCCUGCUGCUAAUUGCAAGUUAAACAAGGUGCAAGCUAGUAUUCUGAGACGUACUCAAGAGAAAAGCCAGUUGUCGCUGCCUUCAAUGGCGUAGCCCUAGCUGCUUUGACAGCGGAAUGAACAUCCCUUUUCCCCCCGUUGCUAGUAUAUAGAAAGAGAUAGGCUAUAUAUGAGAUUUUCUGGCGGCUGUAUGGGGUAUAGGUUAAGGCAGGCGCUACACAUUCUUACAAUCUCCAAUUGUAAUAUAGAUUCUAUGCGACUCUUUUCCCUGAUUAUUUGCAGUUGUAUAAGCACUCUGUGGACCAGUAGCCUAGCUGUAUAAGGUUUUCUUUGAUAAAGCUCCGGCGCCCAUUUGAUUAUGAUGCAGCUGUAAGUGCAACCAAGUGGUACGGUUUUGGCAAAAUUCCUGGAGGUUAUUGAGCUUGCUCUUUCAUUGAUUGGACGUUUUUGCAAUUGCGACUCUGCGUGGAGUUCUAUGGUGCUGAACUUUCCUACUGCCAUUCUCUCCUCUUUAAAUCAAAAUCAUUUCGUACUGAUGAUUUAUAGGUAGAAUGUUUUGCACUUUGUAGAUGUUCAUUGUAUAUGUGUGAACGUUUAUGUACAUGUUUGGAAAACGCUGCAAUUUUUUAAUAUUUUUCGGUCUCCUGUA